UGCAUUGCCCACCCACAUGUUUAUAUGAAUCCUUGAUCAUUUCUCGAGUCCUCCCACUGAGAGAGGAUCCGUGCAGCGAUCGAGCGCUCAUGGCAGCUAAUGAUUAUCGCGCGUACCUGCGGAAUCAUUUCGAUAUGGAAGAAGCUCCGGCGCGCGUCGCGCACACAGGCUCCACUCACAGGGCGCUCAUAUUCGUCACCCUGGCUGUCAUGGGACUGCUGCAGGUCGCGUCGAGUGUGGCGAUUUUGUUGCACUUAACCGGUUAUCUCCGUGAGGUCGACCUCAGCUUACCCCAGCAGACUCCUAAUGAGGAAAUGCACAGCGAAACAUUAAUAGCCGAUACACUCAAAGGUAUAAAGGAGAAGAAAGACAGAGUCCGAAAGAAGGAAGCACGCCUGCCGUCAGCACAUCUGCCUAUCAGGACGACCACCGACUUUCCAGUCAAUCCAAGCGUCAUCACCAUCCACUGGGAUGAAUCUCAAGGGACGCUGAGGAAGAUUAAAUACCGUGAUGGUCGAAUCCUGGUGGUCGAGCCCGGCUAUUACUAUGUGUAUGCCAAGACCUGCUUCAGAUAUUAUAAGACUUUUUCAGACCAUGAUAAAGUGGACCUCAGCAAUCUGCAGUUGCUUCAGUAUAUUUUCCACGAGAAGCACACACAGUCUACAAUCAAACCUAUUCAGCUUUCAAAGAGCGGCGGCACCUUGCAAUGGAAUAUCCCAAAUUACAGCAUGUGCUGUGUGGAGCAGGGAAGAGGUGUCCAGUUAAAUAAAGACGACGGCCUUUAUGUUAACGUAUCAAAUGCUUGGCUGCUGGACCGGGAAGCCGACGGGACGUAUUUCGGUAUUUUUAAGAUAAGCGAUUGACUUGCAUCGUUUUUUGCUACUGAACAUGUUUAUGCACAUUUUACGACCAGACUUCUCAAAGUGACCAUGAACCACUUGUAAUAUUGAUCAUUGACUUUUUUGUUCAAUAUUGAUUGGAUUGUACAUCAUUUGAGAGCAUGUCACAUCUUUAAGUGAUAAAAUACCUUCGAAAGAAAACUUCAAUAUGCUCCAUUUACAGGUCCAAAUACUUUUAUUUUGAAUUAUGAUGCUUCAGUACAACAAAAGAUAACACCAAAAAACAGUACUACUAAAAAUCGUUACUUAGGAAUUUGGAAAAAUUGGUGUUGGUUCAUCAGUCGGACCGCGGUGAGAUACACGCAGGACUUUUCACAACAGAGUAAUUUAGAGAAUGGAUUGAUGGAAAUUGGUUUAUUUGCCAAGGAUUCACAGUGCCUUGCUAUGUUAAUUUCUGUUACUGAAUGAAUGAUAGACAUUAUGGGCCCGAUUUACUAACAACUUGCGUCCGCGCAAACCAUCUUUUGCCAUUGAAAUAAACUACUGUCAGGAUGUACUAAAAACAUGCAGUGAAAAAUUAGCAGUGAAAGUGGACACUUUUAGUUUUGCAGUUUUUGCGACUGACCUUAUUACGUAUCCAUUUGAAAAUAUGCAAGGAGAGUAUUUACAAUGCUAUCUCACGAGAAUACGUACAUAUUUUACAAUUUGGCUAAUUCGUAUUCAUUCAUACAACCACAUUCAUAAGUUUUUGUACGAUUUAUAUGGACCCCUGUGACGUUGGGAUUAGGUGCGGUGUUAGGGGUUGGGUUACGUUGUUUUUUUUUUCAUGAGAAUCGUACAUUUUGGCGCGAUUAACUUCGUAUGAAUUCUUAAAAAUUAGCCAACUUAUAAAUUAUGUACGAAUUCUCGUGAGAUCAGGCUGGGAUUUAUAUAACGCAACACGAUUUACUGACAUUUGCCAUUAUUAAACUUUCAAAAAUCAGUCUUAAAUUGCGAGGCUUAUUAUGAAAGUAAGAUUUUUGCACCUGUGUUCUUUAAUGUGCGGCUUAAAGGGAUAGUUUACCUAAAAAUGAAAAUUCUGUUAUUAUUUUCUAACCCUCAUGUUGUUCUAAACCUGUAUGAGUUUUACAUUUUGAUGAACACAAAAGAAGAUAUUUUGAUAAAUGAUGGUAAGCACACAGCUGAUUGUACCCAUUGACUUUCAAAGAAGGAAAACAAAAAUGAUGGAAUUUAAUGGGUACCAUCAGCUGUGUGCUUACCAUCAUUUAUCAAAAUAUCUUCUUUUGUGUCCGUCAGAAAAAAAAUUCAUACAGGUUUAGAAAAGCAUAAGGAUGAGGAAAUGAUGACGACAUUUUUGGGUGAACUAUCGCUUUAGGGAAUCACCUGCAGACAUUUCUACUCCAAUUAACCCUUUUUUGGAAUUGCACUCUCACGCUAGGAGUAAAUCCAGCCCUAUGUGUGGUAAAUUUAUGUAAACUUAACUAAAAUUUUUAUUUUUUUUAUUAUUAUUAUUAAGCACAUUCUGUGAUGGCAAAAAUUGCGAAUGAAAUAGAUGGAAAGUCAUGCCUGCCUUUCUCAUCAAGAAUGGAUUAUUGACUGCAAAACUUCAAAGUGGAAUGUGGACAGCCUCCCUUAAUACAACAAUUUUUUUAAUGGUGUUAUAAUUUUGUUAGCGAAACAACAUACAGAGAUCAUAACAGCUGGACUGUCUUUGAUUCAGUGUGAGAAAUAUUUUUUUUAAGUAAUGCGUGGAAACCAAGCUGUGUUUGGUUUGUCUAACUUAAGAUGUUUUUAGUGUAUUUAUUUAUUUUCUAUGAUGAAAGGACAUUUGUAAAAAGUUUUGUACAGUGUAUAUAAUUUGAUUAAUGCCUACACUCCAUACAUUAAGGGAGAUUAAGGACAUCGACUUUAGGUCAGUUAUAGCACAGGGCUCUUGUUUUAAUGCUUAACGGAUUAGUUUCUCACCACAGAAACUUUGUAUUUAAAUAUCAUUCAUUUGACAAUUCUGUGUGCAAACGUUCAUGGAGAGCAAAAUAUAUAUUGUUCUGCAGCUGCAAACCUAAAGUCUAAGAUUUUUUCAUAUGUUAGCAAAAGUUUUGUUUUAUUAUAUGUUUAUUUAUACCAUUUUAACUAAUGAAGAUACUUUUAUAAAUAAAAUACUAA